AUCACAUGUUGUCAACAAACUGUGUAUUGAAGACAUGUUUUUAUUUAACUAAUGUUUUGUUGUGACCAUUAAAUUGAUUGAUAAAACUUGAUAUUUAAUAAUAAUAAUAAUUAACAACAAAAUUACUACUAAAUUAUCUAGAGGUGGAGUGAAGUCAAAGUUAAGGCAAGUCUCUGAAUGAAUGAAUGAAUCCGAUCACCACUUUUUGUGGAGUGGAAAGUAAAAGUCAUCAUUUAGGCCAAGGAUAAGGAUAACUGAGACAUAAGGUCACUACUACUAAAUCCAUGUCCUUCCAGAGCCACCACUUUUUCCGGAUCAUUGCUAUUAAGAUUUUUCAUCAUAUAUUUUGAGGCAUUUUUGUGUUUUUUGUUUCAGUGUCAGCCUUGCAUUGAUAUAAAACCGGAGUUAACCAUUAAUAUAUAACGGAUAAUGUUGUCGAUAAUUCAUUGUCAUUGGAUGCGACUCUGGUCUUAGAUAAUGAAGAUUUUGAAGACAUUUAUUAGGAGUUUUACUAAAAUAGCAACCAUUCAAUUGAAAACAUCACUGAAAGCAAAAUUAGUCGAAAAGAUGUUAUCGCAAAACAAAGAGGCCUACAAUAUAUUUCAAGAAAUUGUUAAAAUACCUGAAAUUAAUAUAUUGGAUAAUAUAUUCAAAUCUAAUAGAUAUGAACUGCGUAUGGCUGGCGGUGCAGUUCGGGACGUGUUAUGUGGUAUACAACCAAACGAUAUAGACUUUGCCUCAAAUGCAACGCCUCAACAAAUGAUUAAUAUUAUGAAGAAUAUAGAGAAUGUCCGUUUGAUAACCACACCGGCAGGUGAAAGACACGGCACAGUAACGGCUCGCAUCAAUGACAGACAUCAGUUUGAGAUAACGACUUUGAGAAUCGAUAAGUUUACUGACGGAAGACAUGCUGAGGUCGAGUUUGUCAAUGACUGGAAAAUAGACGCCUCUCGCCGAGAUCUGACUAUUAACUCAAUGUUUUUGAGUAUCGAUGGAGUACUCUAUGAUUAUUUUAAUGGUGAAACUGAUCUCAAAAAUAAAACAAUUAGAUUUGUUGGUGAUUCCGGAGCCAGAAUUCGUGAAGAUUAUCUAAGAAUAUUCCGAUACUUUAGAUUUCAUGCCCGCUUUGGUUUGGCUGCAAAUCAUGAUUUACCGACUUUGGAAACAAUUAGAAAUAAUUGCGACGGUUUGGACAUUAUUAGUGGUGAAAGAAUUUGGUCGGAAAUUAAGAGAAUUUUAAUUAUCAGAAAUUGUUUUCAUGUAAUCGAUUGUAUGUUUAACGAGAUUCAUAUCACCAGAUAUUUGGGUUUCAAUACUAACGAUAAUUAUAAUAAUUUAAAUGAAUUUAUGAAUAAUUUGAGAACAAAUAAUAAGAAGGCGUUUGAUUUGACAGAGUUUGAGAAAGUGCUCAAAAAUUUGUCAAAUGGUGUCGACUCUGGUUUAAUGAACUCAUGGGAAGCGCCGACACUGUUUGCAUCACUGUUUAAGGACUCCGACGAACUAAUAAAUGUUGCAAAACGUCUUAAGCUAUCAAAUGUCGAAAAGGAAACGAUUCUCUAUAUUAUUGUCAACAGACAGACAAUUAUAAAUCAUAGCAUUCAUGAAUUGAAACAACAAUUAGCGUUAACUCCUAAACCAAAUCAAACGUCAUUAAGAAAAGCAAUUAUUGAAUGUUUAAAAUAUUGUGGCCUUUAUUCACAAAUUCCUCAAAUAUCUGAGUGGACAAUACCGGAGUUCCCAUUUACCGGUCAUCUCAUUGCCGGUAGAGUCAAGAAACGACAAUUUAUUAAAGAUAUAAUUAAUGAGCUAAAAAUUUUUUGGGCUAAAAACGAGUUUAAAUCGAAUGAAAAUGAUUUAAAAGAAGAAUUGGAAAAAAUUUUGCAAAACGAGAGGUUUAAAACAUAAAAUAUAAAGCUUUUCAUUUAACUUUUAAAUUUUGUAUUCAAUUA